AUGCAAGGAGGACCACGGCAGUUGUGGUCAGCCAGGCAAGCCUUUCUGUGUGACGCUUUGCCAGCUUUUGGAUGUGUAAAUGGUGAGCGUACCGUGCCUUACGAUACUCACCUCUCACACCUCCAACCUAAUCAGUGGUGUCACAUACCUAUGGGUUUCGAAGGUUACCUUGCCGGCGUCAGUCCCGCUCGUCACGGUCACUACCUCGCCAGUAUCUUGGAUUAUUACACGAAAGCCUCGAAUAGUUAUGCUAGCUUAUAUAAUUUCGUAUGUAGUGUGACGUGUCUGAGUUUACGCACUCCCCGUAACGUGGGCGACAUGUUCAUGUUCUUCUACGGACUUAUAUCGGCGUAUAAUAACAAGAAUGUUGUUGAGAGCACUGUACAAAAUGAAAUUAAAACCUCAAUUAGUGACAAGUUGUGGUAUUUCAGUGACGACAAUGGCGAAGAUAUCCUUCAGCAUGUCGAUGCGUUAAAUGGUAAUGGGAUGAUUAAUACUCACAGAAGAGCCGAUAGCCACCCCGCCGACCUAAAAAGUUUGCAAGGGUGUAGUCAACCCAGCAUUUCCUGUGGUCCAUACUUUUUUCCUCUAUCCUGGGGUAUUUACAGCACUUUGGCAACUAAAAGCGCAGACACGUAUUUGCCGUGGAUAUUAUACUUGGCUGAAGAAUUUAAAGAAGGUUUAAGAGCAUUACUUAAUGAAUUUGAGAACAUCGAAUGUAAGAAGCAUAGAAAGUCUCAAAAGACCAUUUGCAAUGCCAAAUGCCACAAGCAGAAAACGUGUUCUUGUGGAUCCGUCGUCGAGUGUGCUGAUGUGCUUCCCGUGUUCUACCGCUUUGGUUUUUCGUACACUAAUCAAGCGACAUUAAAUGGAAUUGAACCUAAUAAGCGUACGCCAGAUGAGAGAUAUAAACGUAAAUGCGACGCAUUCUACACGCAGCUCGAAAAAGUAAUCGCUUAUGAUCCAUUCACCCAGCUUAUCGCCGCCAUCAACAGAUUCCUUUACAAUAUCCGUUACCCUUUCAUAUUAUAUGUUACCGCAUUUUGGCUAGGGGUAAUGGUUUAUAUCUCAUAUGGCACAAUUUUACCUCUCGAUGUAAUACACAUCCGUUCGCACUGGAGGUCGGCCUCAUCACACGAUGUACACACUUUCACAUUUUUCACACGAAAGACUAUGCCGCCUAGCGAUGUAGCGUAUUUUAAACCGUAA